UCUAUGCAUGCUAUAUAUGUAUGUAACGGAGCAAACGCCUGCUAUCUUUUGUAUCCAAAUUAACGUUAAACGUACAUCAACAUACAUAAUAAAUAAGGACGUUCACCAUCUCUGAAAGGGAAAUCUAAUCAAUACGGUUCCUUCCGGGCGCAAAGGACUCGAGCGGAAACAAAACCAAUCGAUGAAACCUGUCGGGAACUGACUCCUGCUACUAUAGUAACCUGCGAGGAUGUUUUACUUUUGACAAGUGAAUUCUGACGCUGGCAAUUAAUUUAAUGCUGAUUGGAUGGUAUUCCUUGUUCCAAUCCUUUUGUGUUGUUGUUUUCCUUUUGUGAAUGUAUUUUGUGAACAAAAUCGAAGAAAAUUAAAGGAAGAAAUUUUUACUGUAACUUUUCAACGUCUUUCUGAAUUCUCUCCCCUUGCAGAGUUUGGAGGAAGUAGAAACGUCUAUUUGUGAGAUUUUCAUGUCCUUUUUAAUAAAAGCCAUCCUGGGCAGAAAAUAUUAAACAUAAUUUGAACAUCGGAAUUGAUGUCCAAUUUUUAGAAUACAUUUUUAUUUUCAAGAACUUAUUUUUGAGUAUCUAAAGGAAACCUCAAAGUCGUCAAGAUGCCGAUGAAAAUGAGUCCAGACAGGACGAAGCGGAACACAAUGCAGGCCCUGUCAUGCAUGGGUUCAAUGCAAACAAAAGGCCUCCAGCAACAAGCGAGCAUGGGAAGGUUGUUCGGGUUCCAGGGAAAGCAGAAUUCACAGGGGAAGAUCAACGCCAGUGAUUAUGGCACGGAUGACUUUGAGUCCUGGAUGAAAUCACGGGCCCUCCUCAAGCCAGAUGAUCAGCUUGAAUUGACAGAAGCAGAACUUAAUGAGGAAAUCUCUAAAGUUCUCACUAUCCAAAACACGAACGUCGUAAAAAACUUGGUCAUAUACAGCUUCACAGAGGGUGGAUAUGUUCCGGUUCCACCCGUUGGAAAUACAGUUACGCUUUUCAACUUCGAAGGAACUGCUCUGCAUCUUGAAUCAGAGGAAGCACAAAACCAAAUUUUGGAGCAAGGCGACGAAAGUUAUCUAAUGGAAGAAACAACCAAAUCGAAAGCGAGGGCUUCAAUUGCAAAAUCUGGUGACGAAGAUGAUGACGAUGAAGAAGCACAACCUGAAGCCGGAGAAGCGGAACCUGAGGAAGAAGGUGAAGUAGAAGUGGAACCUGAAGCGGAACCAGAAGAAGAGGAGGGGGUAGGAGAAGAUGCUGGAGAAGGUGGAGAGGGUACCGAGGCUGGCGAGGCAGGUGAAGAGGAAGACGAAGGCCGUGUAGCAGCCCCGCAGCCAGGAGGUAAAAAACGUAAAUUAAUUAACCAAUUCAAUUAUUGCGAACGAGCUGCGCUGACUUACAAUAAUCCUUCAAGGUCAGUUGAAACACAAACUAUACCUCCUCCAAGAUCAACAUACGGUGGAAAUGUUCUUCAAUGGGUUAUCUACGAUAGUUACGCCGAAGACUACGCCCAACAACAGAAAGAGAAGGAAAAGGAAAAGAAACCGGGAGCCUACAAGAAAGAGGAGUCGAAAAAGAAGUCCGACAAGAAUCAAGCCACGGAGGAGUUGAACAAAAGAUACCUUCAGUGUUGGCAAAUUCUCGAGCGAAUGAUUAACCAAAACAUCUACGACGAUAUUGCCCAGGACUAUCGUUAUUGGGAAGAUCCGUCAGAUGAGUUUCGGGAAGAGGAAGGCACGCUCCUACCACUCUGGAAAUUCUCUUAUGAGAAAACCAAAAAGAUGACCGUUACCGAUAUUUGCUUUAAUACUUUGUACUAUGAUUUGUUCGCAGUUUGUUUUGGAUCCUUUGAUUUCAUGAAACAAUUCGCUGAAGGAGCUGUUUGUCUGUUCACUAUCAAAAACCCAUCUUUUCCAGAUUAUAGGAUAACGUGUGAGAGUGGUGUGAUGUGUUGUGAUAUUCAUCCGAAAUAUCCGUUUUUGUUGGCCAUAGGAUUAUAUGAUGGCAACGUGGCCGUUUAUAAUCUGCAGAUUGGAUGCAAGGACCCAAUAUACAUGUCACAGGGAGUCAAUGGGAAGCAUGCCGAAUUCGUAUCUGAAAUAAAAUGGGGACCGGACCUGCAGGACGGUGAGAUAAAUUUCUAUUCAAUAUCGGGUGAUGGAAAAGUCUUCAACUGGGUCCUGAUGCAGAACAAACUAUCCAUCACCACAAUCAUAACGCUCUUUCUGGAACAGGAUAUGAUUCGCGGCCCAGAUGGAACCGAAAUUAAACUCAAAGGAUGCGGUUCGUGUAUGACCUUCCACCCUACAAAUCGCGAAAUAUUCCUCGUUGGAACCGAAGAAGGAUUCAUCUACAAAUGCAGCACCGCGUACAGCUCCAAAUAUCUGAUGACAUAUCCUGCUCACUAUUUGAGUGUAUACCGAAUUGAUUUUAAUAAAUUUAAUUCGAAUAUCUUUGCAUCGUGCAGUGGUGAUUGGCGAGUGAAAGUCUGGGAGGAUAUGCGUAGUGACCCGCUCUUCAUCUUCGAUUUAGGAUCCAGAGUAGGGGAUGUGAAAUGGGCGCCAUACUCGAGUACUGUUUUGGCUGCUGUAACAUCGGACGGAAAGGUUUUCGUUUUUGAUUUGAAUGUUAAUAAAUACAAGGCAAUCUGCGUGCAGGCUGUUGUCUCCAGAAGGAAGAACCAACUCACUCGAUUGGCUUUCAAUGAUAAGCUUCCAUUCAUAAUCGUUGGAGAUGAUAAAGGAACGACCACGUCACUGAAACUUUCUCCUAACCUUCGAUUGCGUGUAAAACCACCAAAGAAGCAGCAAAAUAUCGACCAGAAUGUGCUCCAAGUGCAGAAACUAGAGAAACUUCUGUCAUUGGUCAGAGAACUCCCUGAAGGAAAAAAUGAUAAUGACACCGCAACGACUGUAGGAUCCUAAAGUAUUUUACAUUAUAUUAAACGGAAUUUUUAUCUUCAACUAUUCGUUUUGAAGAUGUCAAAUUAAGUAGGAAAUAAACAAUAUACC